AUGGCUAAUGAGAAAGACUGGGAUCUCUCUGCCAUUUUCCGAUGUUGCCGAACUGCAAACUUUACUGCCACCACAAAAACUCCGCCGAUAACCACCACCACCGCCACUCAAGACACUAACUUUUGCAUGGCUGAUCAUUUAAUCCUCAGGCAAGAAGAGGAUGACUCAUUUUCUUUUCCCGUUCCUGAGCCACUUCCAACCAAUGGUUUCGAUGAACACCCAUUGUUAAUGAACUUCAAACCCACCACUAUCACCAACACUAACACUAGCGGUAAUAAUAUCAAAUCCUAUUCCACUUUUGGAGAACAGUGGAUGCAACAAGGAUAUCAUCCUGUGCCUGCUCCCACAAAUUACACCUCCAUUGGAGCCUCCACAAAUUAUCAACCUCAAUGGCAUGCGCAGCAACCCCAACCCCAACCCUCACAACAACAACACCAGCACAAUCAAGUACCUCAAAUCAGUCCUGUGAUUUUACAAAACAUACGACCACCAACACCCAUAUCAAGAAAAAGGAAAAUCGAUCAGGUGGAAAUGUUGUGUCAUAUGAACACGGAUAACCUCGAAGCAGAUUUGUGGGCAUCGCGAAGAUAUGAAAAAUGUAUCAAAUAUUCUGCAUAUCUAAGCAGCAGAGAAUGUGAAGCAAACAUGAUAGCAGAGGAAAGCACAACAGAACUGAACAUGUUGAUGGGGAUAUCUAUGGGAGACGACGACAACAACCCAAAGCCUUUUAGUUUACCAUAUUAUUCUACCUAUGAAACUGGUUCAACAUCCAACGCGGCCAACAUGGAUCCACGGAAUUCUGAGUUUUGUCCAGUGCAGUUUAGUCAAGCUCUGACAGAGAACAUAGAUUUUCAAGUAGGUGGUGGUGAACCCGAAGGCAAGGAGAGGCCAACGGAACUUGAUGAUGACAUUCUGAUUCCCAACAUUGGUACUAUGGCAGAGAUUGUUUUUGUCAGAGAUACGUAA